AUGCCGCCUCCGCUUGCUGUACGCUGCACGCACGGGUCCUCGACCUCGAUCGCAAAAUCAUUCGUGCGCCUACUAUGCGCAUCAUCGUCGUCGUCAUCAUCGCCUAUAAGCGGUAGUAGCAACUCUUCUAUCCUCGAAGUGCUGCUGCCGCCGCCGCGGACCCGAUCUUUCCACCUUGCCGCACGGGACAUCCGUAGCCGAGCGCGAAAUCCCCGGACCCGGAAUGGCGGAAACCUCAUAACGCACGAGAAGUAUGCGACCGCCACCGCUCCAAGGCAUUUCAGUACCACGGCGCCGUGGCGCAAGACCCUGGUCGUACAUAACCCGCAGAAAGAUGAAGAGGGGAAUGUCAUGAUGCUAGAAAUCACGCCCCGCGCAGCCAACAAACUCUCCCAAAUCAUGACCAAAGACAAGAACCCCAACUUAGCCCUGCGCAUCUCCGUCGAAUCCGGCGGCUGCCACGGGUUCCAAUACCUCAUGUCCCUAACCACUCUCCCGCCUUCCCUCGCCGGAAGCCCCGCCUCAGCCGGGACAUCAUCAUCGCACGAUACCCCCGAUCCCGUCGAAGAGGAAACCGCCGCGGAAGUCGCCCCGUCGACGACGACCAGCGCCGUGCCGUUGGAGCCCGGCAUCGGCGAGGACGACACCAUAUUCGCCUUCGCGCAAGACGACUCCCCUCCCGCGGAGCCGAAGCCGGCCCCUUCCACCGUCACGGAACUCAAGGACCACCUGGUAGCGCGCUUCGCCACCCCGCGGCCCAUCCCCAGCUCCCCCAAGAUCGUCCUCGACGCCCCGAGCCUGGAGCUGCUCAAGGGCAGCAAGGUGGACUACACCAUGGAGCUGAUCGGCAGCCAGUUCAAGAUCGUGGACAACCCGCUCGCCACCAGCAGCUGCGGCUGCGGCACCAGCUUCGACAUCAAGAUGUAA